AGUAAGAGCAAUGCACCAUGGAAAAAAUUCGGGAAGUAAUCUCCUCGCGAAGUAGAGAAAGAUCCACCAGAAGCGACAAUUACGAUGAAUAUUAGAUCCAUGAGAGGAAUAACGAAAGCCAAGAGAGCUACGACAAUCUCGGGAUCGAAAUGAACCAAUAUCGUUCUUUCCCUGAGAGGAUUUCUGCAAAAAUUUCAAGCAGUUUCAAACGUCGGGAUCACGCCCCUGACGAUUACAGAGGCUUCAGCACAUCAAUCGCCGACAUGUGGCGAAAUCCGGAUUACGAACGGAUUGACUGUUGCUCUAUUGCUUGUUUCGGUUGCAUCCAAGCAGAUAGGAAUCGGUAUUUGGUCACUGGAACAAAACCUCCUGGUCUCUGUCGGCGUAUAUGCGUCCAUAUAUUUGUGCCAAUUUGCAUAUUGGGGCUUGCAUUAUUUGUCGCCUUUAAUGUGCCCGACCCUUGGUUGAACGAAAUGCUAUGCUACGGAUUUCUUAUCGCAUUUGUGCUCUAUUUCUUUUCUCAAUGCGACAAAGGAGCAUGGAAAAGGAGACACGUCAGGCGGAAUCUGUUGUGGGCAAAGCACCAAAAGCUCACUUCGGGUCGCUUCCAACGAAUGAGCAGAGGGGAUUCGGAUGAUACGGAUGAUUAUUCUUACGAAGGCGAAGAAGGAGACGAUGAGGAAUAUUUACGGGGACAAACAUACUCUGAUGUGAAGAGUUCCCAUGCAAGUUGUGGAUGUUACGCUGUAGACCGACCGCAUGGAUUUCAAUAUGGUCCAGACGAAAAAAUCACCUGCUGUACCAAACUCUUCGAUUGUUUCACCAACUUAUGCUGUGCAAAGCUAUGCUGUAGAUACGUGGUAUGCUGCGGAUACUGCGCUGUGGCACAAGAAGCCAGGGAGAUCGAGACUUUGUUGCGACCUGGAAUGUUGAGCAUUGACUACAUUACGAUGCAGCCAAUGAUGGAAUACUACCCUAAGAUUUACGAAGCUCGUUGUAGUAUCGGGCGGCCUACUUCGUGGUGGUAUACUCGGCUCUCAACAUUUUCUCGAACGGCAGUCAAUAGAUCUAUCGUGAUGCUGGUCUUGUUGCUUGGAUGGAGUUUGCUAUCACGAAGACUGAAUCACAGCUUUGGAAUCAAGAACUUCGUCAUUCUUUUCCUGACCCUUCUUCAAUCUUUCGUUCUUCUUGCCGUGGUGUAUUGGAAGCACACGAGAGACGUGUCUAUUGAUGCAUUGAUCAAGUUUUUCGCUGCGGGAUUCUGUCUUAGCACCACAUUGGCCAUUUUCUUCGAGUUGGUGUUUGGCCUGAUGGUCCGACUUACUAUGGCUAUUGUAAUGGCAUUGUCAGGGAUAGAGUUGGUCGAAGAAAGUGGGUACAGCCUUUCCAAAGCAGAAUCUCUAAGCACGAUGACUGCAGCGCAAGAAGUCAACUACAGUGGAGUAGAUUACCGUGAAUAUUUGAAAGCGUACAGUAACGACCACCCAGUUGUCUACACUCUGUACCUUUUCGUGAUUUCAUUUCUGCUUGCCGCGAUGAUCGAAGAAACAUGCAAAUAUUUUGGCUAUCGCAUGAUAGAUCAUCCUGAUUUUUACACUCAGUCAAAAAUUAAGGAAGCUGCCAAGUGCUACGAGUGUAAGGAUGGCGACGAAAUGUCUCUGCCAUCAUUUUCGCAUCAAGAUCGAAGUUUCCAGUCGAGAGGAGCUGCCGUUACUGUUUCCAUGGUUGCUGUUGGUGCGGGUUUCGCUUGUUGUGAAAACCUGGUUUACAUAUUCAUUUAUGGAAAAGCAAACUACACGUCAGAGAUUUUCGUCUUGCUCGCUCGCUCUUUGUUCCMAAUCCACCCCAUCGCAGCUGCUCUUCAGUCUAUCGGAGUCUGCAAACGAGAUUUAGAGAAUGAUGGACGUAGACUCGGAAAAAUUAUACUUCCUGGUAUUAUCUUCCACGGAGCUUUUGACUUCAUGUUAAACUGGAUAUACUACAUUGGUUCCAGAAAGGGAAACUAUGUGGACGAAGAUGAUGGUAUACAAACAGAAAAUGGGUCAGAUAAGAUCUCGAACGUGGUGUCAAUUCUCAUCAUUUUCAGCGGCUUGCUGUAUUAUUUUCGUGAAAGUCGAAAGCAGAGAAAAAGACUUGCAUCUCUUGAUGGCGAAUCAGAGAACUCCAAUUGGGCGUGAUCGAAGCAUGUGACAAUUUUGCGCCGCAACAGUCAAAGGUUGAACCAGAAAAUGCUGAACAGUUUUGUGUUUUUGUGUGUAUGGCUUGGAUUCAAGUUCAAAAUUAGUUCACUCUGUAGUGACCAUGAUACCUACACCAUUCAAGAAUAUUUAUACUUACUUUUCCAAACUACUACUUCUAGUUGGGAACACAUCCUAAUACAAACGUUCUCUAAAAUUUCAUGUGUGUUAAAUAAAGGCAUUACAGAUCA